AUGGAAACAACCAACGUCAGCGAACUCGUCGAACGACUCGGCAGCGACGAAGACGCAGUGCGCAAGAUGGCCGUCUUCAAAUUGCAGAAUAAUAUCGGCGAUCCGUCCUUUGCAGAUACUUUUAUCGUGGAGGGCGGGCUGACGCGCUUGCGCUAUUUGACGCUGCAUGCGACGGGGAAUACGCUGGCGUAUAGUCUGACGAGUUUUGCGAGGUUGUUGGAGGUGGAUAAGGGGUGGGAGUGUGUGGAUGGGGAGUUGAUUGAGAGGAUUGUCGAAUUGAUCGUCACCCAACCUCUGGUCAACAUCCUGCGAGGCGCCAUGUCCAUCCUCGUCUCCAUCGUCUCCCACCCCCACGCAGGAAGCCGCGCCUCAGAAGCAGACCUCUUUGGCUUCCGCGCUCUCAAGCCCGCAAUCGUCAUCUUCCCCCAAUUUCUCGAAAUGCUCGUCAAUCGCCUCUCCUCUGCGGACCAUGCCCUUUGCGCAAAUGCCCUGCAGUUGAUCAAUUCGUUGAUGCGCGACUCGAUCACGUUCGACUCCGAGGCCGAGUGGCCCAAGUUUAUCCAGAGACUGCAGGAUCUGGGCGUGAUUCGCGCCGUCUAUGUGCUGAUGCAGGACUCGGCCUUGCAGGAUCUGGCGCAUCCGUUGAUGGAGUUUCAGUCCUUGACCAAGGUGUUGUUGAGGAAGUGGAGGGAUAUCCCCUUGAACUUGGAGAAGCAGGAACAUCGGAGGGCGUUGAAGGGGAUCUAUGUGGCCAGUAAUCCGGUGAAGAGUGGUGGUGGCACCGCCGCUGGGAACGGUAUCGUUGCUGGUGGCGAGACAGCUGCAGACGGUGCUCCUGUCACCCAGGAGCUGGAGUCCAAACGCUCUAAGAGACAUCACCCCGAAAAAUGGCGCCGACUUGGAUUCGAGACGGAGAACCCGGCACAUGAAUUCCACGAAGUUGGGUUCCUGGGCAUGAUGGACCUGGCCGAUUAUGUGCGCAGCCACCAGGACGAGUUUCAGAAGAUGUUGCUGGAACAGUCGACGAGACCUGCGCGGCAACGGUGUCCGAUCACGCGAGCCUCACUGGCAGUGACAUCGAUUCUCUACGAACAUUUCGAGGUUGACCAGUUGGAGAUGGACGAGUCGAAGAACUACAUGAUGUUGGAGUCGAGGACGAACUUUGAUCAGCUGUUCAAACCGUUGCUGCUCCACUGGACGAGGUUACACGUCGCGGGUCUACAGGCGUUCUUCCGCUUGUGGAAGGCCACGGCCGCCGAGUCCGAAGAUCUGGAUAAAUUGGUCGAGCUGGUGCGGAUUCUGAUCGAAUCCGUCGUCGGUGGUGCCGGUCGUACAAAGGACGUGCAUGAGAUCGAAGAGGAUCUGGCUAAUUACGAGUACCAGCGUCUUCGCGAACUGCAGAUGGAGCUGUUGGAGUUGACGUACGAGGAUGCGUGGGGUCAGCAUCUCAACCAGGUUCGCGAGGAACUGCACCACGAGGCGUUGCAGUUUGUCAAGGAGCAGCGGAUUCGGUGCUUGCUGGCCGGUGCUUGGUUUGCGCUGGAUUCAUCUGCGUCGAAUUCCAAGCCGGACUCGACGGGCGCUGUUGUGCGAUCGAAUGCGACACAUCAGUACGUGCAAUUGUCGCACAAUCGACGAUACCUGCAUUUUGGCGAGUUUGAGUCGAUGAUCGAUCAACUGCCUGAGUUGGACUCGUUACCAAAUAAGAUCGACCUCACCACCGUAUCAUCCGUGGUUUCCAACAUCUCCACAGCUCCCGAUUACGCCUCUGCAUCCACCAUCAAAACGACCCUCCGUCAAACCUCCACCAAAAUCACUAUCCACGGCCAUGCAUCAUCCUCGACAAGCCACUCCAAGAACCCCAAUCACACGCGAACAGCAAGUAAAUCAACUUCGAAAGAAAUAGUCUUGUUGACGCUCCGGCCUGCCUCCCACAGCGUUGCAUCCGAAUGGCUAGACGGCCUGUUGAUGCUCCUCAAUCAACCGCCUAUCACCGCGGAGACAACCAAAUUGAUCGAUUUGGUUAGCAACUAUGGACUCAAGAUUCGUCUUUUGAAUGUCCGUUUUGACGACGCUACGUUUGCAGGCGAGGCUCCUCCUGUGCCUUCACGGGAAGGGCUGGACGAGGAUUACUAUUAUGAUGUCUUUGGGGGUGCGUAG